AUGCAUCUUAUAGCUUUCACGUUCAGCUGCCUUAUGCUGGUAGUCAGCGCCAGGGCCCAAUAUGAAAAGCUAUUCACAAGUGGGCCAGCUUUUGCCAACUUCCCGUACCCCACGAUUCCACUCAAUUGUUCCGAGAUUGGCCCAUCAGGCUCGCCUCUGGGUGUUGACCACAUGAAAGAGGGAGCCGGCUUCUUUCCGGCUCUGGAAUGGCCUUCUCCCGCUGGAAAUAUCCGAGAAUACCUUCUUGUGGCCGAGGACCCUGACGCUCCUCUUCCCCAUUCUGUCAUCCACGGGCUGUAUUACGGAAUCCCACGCGUUUUCACCGGGCUUGAGCACGACGACUUCCAAGUGAGCAGAACGCACAAUGACUCAUAUAUGCUCGAAGGCGGAUUCAAGUACGGGCAGAACAGAGGCAAUACAGUGUAUCUUCCGCCCAAAUCAAUCCCGGAAGAUGGUCCCCAUCGUUAUUUCUUCGAGCUCAUUGCACUGAGUGCACCAAUCGAUCGAAGUAGGCUGAGCGACAGGGCGACCCUGAGGGAGAUCGCCGAUGCCAUCUAUGGCAGGGUUGUUGGAUGGGGCGCCUGGGUGGGCAUAGUCAACAAUAACCGUGAUUCGAUCGUGAGGAAUGGUUCAUAG